AUGGUCGAUAAGCGGGAUGAUGGAAGUGGCGAACGUAAGAUGCGGAUGGUAGCAAACUACCACGCCCUGAACGCUUUGACAAUUGCACCCGAGUUUCCCAUGCCCAGUGUGCAGCCAGUGCUAAAGAUGCUCGGUGGUGCAACUUACUUCUCGACACUAGACCUGGAGGCGGGCUUUCACCAAAUCCGCAUGGCUCGAGAGGAUCGAUGGAAGACCGCCUUCCGCUCGGUGCAGGGACUCGUCGAAUACAAGCUAAUGCCCUUUGGACUCAAAGGGGCGCCCGCGACCUUCCAGGCGAACAUCAACGCUUAUCUGCAGCCGCUACUCGGGAACGGAGUUAUUGCUUACCUUGACGACGUACUCGUUUACAGUGCGACUUUAGAGUCACAUAUUCGGCUCCUGGAACAAGUCUUAGGGAUCUUCUUGAGGCAUCAGUUCUACCCGAAGCUGACGAAAUGCAAAUUUGGACAGCGCGAACUCACUUACCUGGGGUAUAGGAUAGGUGCCGACGGGAUUAGGCCGGCAGCUGACAAAGUGGAGGCGAUAAACAUGUGGCCAGAAGUCCGGACAAAUGAAACACAAGUUAGGCAAUUCUUGGGCACCGUAAACUACUGUUGA